UUCAACGGGGUCGUUCAGACACUGUGUGUGAUUGUCAAACUGUUUGUCUGUGAGUCUUAUUUACUGUUGUCUGUCCAGUUUAAGAGCUCCUAGACAAUGCCCAAAAGCAAGGCGAAAGCUAAGCAUUCUGGCGAUUCCAAAUCGCGUUUUAGGCUGUGUGUUCCUCCCUGCCCGAGAUAUAUAACGGGUGGGGAUACACACAACCUUUGCGUGGUUUGCCUGGGUUCGAAGCACGCCGAGUCGGCUCUCGAGGGGGCCGACUGCCCGCACUGUUUGCGGAUGUCGGUGCGUAUGCUUCGUUCCCGGAGGGCCCUCUUCGAGGAAGGGGCCUUCGCCAGCGUUCCCCGCGGUGCUGGUCCCGCUUCUGCUGAGGCAGAACGGCGGCUGCACUCGUGGGGUUCGCAAGUGGAUCUGGUGGAGGGAAUGGAGACGGGCCAGUCCCUAUCUCCUUCCACUUCUGCCAGAUCCGGCACCCAAUCCCUAGAGUCGGAAGCACGCUCAGCGGUUCCUUCCACUCAGGGAGAGGGGUCGACGCUUCGCAUCUCUUCCUCCGAGGAGGAAGUUGAUGUGGAGUCGCUCGACAGGGAUUCGCCACCCCACUCGCCGCAGUACGAGGAGCUCUUGGAGGUGGUUACUCGCGCGGUGGCCAAGUUAAGCAUCGAUUGGCCCACCGAGAAAGCAGCUGAACCGCAGAGAAGCAAGCUUGAUGAACGCUUCCUGCGCGCGAGUCAGCCACCUCCCAGCCGGGGCCUGCCAUUCUUUCCCGACCUGCACGAUGAGAUCUCCAGGUCGUGGAAACGCCCAUUCUCGGCCCGCCUCUACAUCCCCUCGUCAGACUACUAUGGGAACGUAGUGGGGAUGGGAGAGCGCGGUUAUAGAGCGAUGCCCCGGGUGGAACAGACGCUCGCGAGCUAUCUGUCCCCCGGUGCGGCGUCGUCUCUAAAGGCCCCGGCAUUGCCCUCAAAGCCACUAAGAACAACUUCGGCUUUGGUGGGCAAAGGGUAUGCGGCAGCAGGUCAGGCUGGUGCGUGUCUGCACACCAUGGCGGUGUUACAGGCGUACCAAGCCGAUCUGCUCAAGGAGCUAGAUGAGGGAGAGGAGAUCAAGUCCCAUGAUAUCUCUGAGCUAAGAAGGACCGCUGAUCUCUCCCUCCGCGCCACCAAGGAGACCGCUCGAGCGAUUGGGCGGUCCAUGGCAGCUAUGGUGGCCGCGGAGAGGCACUUAUGGUUGACCCUGUCUGAUAUGAAAGAGCGGGACAGGGUCUGCCUCAUGGACGCCCCGAUCCAGCCGACUGGCCUGUUCGGCGACGCAGUCAAUUCUGUCGUCGACAGGUUUCAGGAGGCCCGCAAGCAAGCGGCGGCGUUCCAUAAGUUCCUCCCUCGUCGCUCCCUCGGGGCAUCUGGGCGGGAGAUGCCCCAGCCGCUCCCUAGCUCCUCGUACCGCGAGGCCCAGAAGCAGAGCGUCGCCUCUCGUGCUCCUCCGCGUCGGGAACGAGAGUCUCGACGACGCUCUCGGCCGAGGACUUCCCAGCCCAAACCAGAUCUCAGGGCGGUUAUUGAAGCUAAGAAGUCCUCGGCCAAGAAACCCUGACGCCAACAACCCAGGGUUUCAGAGGGCAGCCUCUGCUGGGGUAGAGCGGUACACACCGCAGUACACGGUGCCCGUCUCCCCUCAGCGCCCUCUGGGGGCCGGUCUGCUAACCCUGCCAGUGAUCCAGGGCGCAGCAGGUCCCAGCGAGCAUCGCUCUCAGUAUCUUCCGCCCGUGCGCGUAGCGGGGCUGAGACGCUCGCCGCCCCUGCGGGGGCCUCUUACACCAGAGAUCAGUCUCGAGAGACUGAUUCCCUUAGUAGAUUAUUUAGCAGCGUGGAAACUACUGCCAAAUGUAUCUCGAUGGGUCCUGCACACAGUAGAAAAAGGCUACCGCAUUCAGUUCGGCUCCGUGCCGCCAGUAUUCAACGGG